AUGCCAAAAUACAUAAUGGAAAACCUUUAUAAUGGUUCAUAUAAUCCACCUCUUUAUUUAGAUGAUAUUAAUAAAAAUGAAUUAGAACCUUUUUAUAAUUUUCAUAAUACUGAUAAAACAUCAACUACAUCUAAUACAAAAAGUUCACAAG